AUGUCUCGCGUUGCAGAAGCCGAGAUCUUCCCCGUCCUGAAGGGCAAAGUCGCAAUCGUAUCUGGCGCAGCACAAGGUAUGGGGAAAGCCACCGCAGAGGUCUUCCUCAAAGCCGGCGCUAAAGUUGUGGUCUGCGACAUCAAAAAGGAGGGGGAAGCUGUCGCGGCGGAAUUGUCAAAGCUCGGUGACGUUAUCUUCGUCCAGACUGACAUAUCCAAGUCUGCAGAAGUGCAAAAUCUCAUCGAGAAGACCGUAGCACACUUCGGCAGACUCGACGCCGCGGUCAACAACGCAGCCAUGACCCCCGAUAGAACGCCCCUCACCGACUUCGACGAGGAUUAUUGGAAUAAGCUCACCAGUGUCAAUCUGACGGGCACGGCGCUCUGCUGCAAGUACGAGAUGCAGCAGAUGAUCAAGCAGGGUGGGAAAGGAACAAUCGUCAAUAUUACUUCCAUCAAUGGCUUCAGGUCUCAGCCCAACAUGCCGGCGUACACGGCCUCUAAACACGCGUUAAUUGGGCUCACCAAGCAUGCAGCCACGGAGGGCGGUCCUCAUGGUAUCAGGAUCAACGCCAUUGCGCCGGGAGCAAUCUACUCCGAAAUGUCCGCUGCUGCAUUAGCGACGAUAGGUACGACAGAAGAGGCGUUCACUCGCAGCGCUACCCUCUUAAACAGGUUUGGGAUGCCGCACGAAGUUGCGCAGGGGUCCCUCUGGUUGUGCUCCGACGCCUCUUCAUUUGUGACGGGGAUUUGCUUGCCUAUCGACGGCGGCUUUCUAGCUAUGAUGAGCUGCCCUCAAGCAACUUCACCCAGACCUCUUGUCCCGCGGAUUCUCGAGGGCAAGCUGGCGAUUGUGACUGGUUCUGCCAGAGGUAUCGGUGCCGCGAUCGUGCGCAAUCUCGCCAGCAAAGGAUGCAACAUCGUCGUAAACCACGCCACAAAAACCUCUGACGAGGCGGCGUCCAAGCUAUCCGCCGAGUUAGAGAACAACCACGGCGUGAAGGCGGUGGGAGUCCGCGCCGACAUCUCACAAAGAGAUGAGUGCGCCACUCUGGUCGAGGCGGCCAAAGCCUAUUUCGCGAACCCCGCAACCGGGAAGCUGCAGAUCGACAUCCUAGUCCACAACGCCGGGAUCUUAUACUUAGGCCCGCUGCAGAACGUUGUCGAGGAGGAGUUCCAGCAUAUCUACGCCGUCAACGUGCUCGGACCGAUACUCUUGACGACGGCGUGUAUGCCGUACCUGCCGACAGAUAGGUCCGGCCGAAUCAUCAUGAUGUCCAGCAUCAACCCCAAGGUGGGCACUCUGCAUACAUCCUUGUACUCCGGCACCAAGGCGGCAAUGGAAUCUAUGGCUCGCGUCUGGAGUCGUGAGCUUGCGGAGCGCGCCACAGUCAACAGUAUAAAUCCGGGGCCGGUGAUGACGGACAUGUACUUGUCGGCGUCGGAAGAGACGAAACAAUCUCUGGCGGCAUGGAACCCGCUCACGCCACUAGCGCCCGUACGGCCAAGUGAUACCCCCGAGGUACGAGAAAUUGGGCAACGUUUUGGUGGCCGCGCCGCCUAUGAUUACGAGAUUGCCGGGCUGGUCGGCAUGCUCUGUAGCCCGGAGUCUGGUUGGUGUACGGGUAGUUUAAUCAGCGCCAAUGGGGGCCUAGCAUUCGGGUUUUAG